GUCUCAGUGUGCAGAACUUUUUUCAAAAGAAGAUGCAUCUCUUGCUAGAGAUCCCUGUGUUUUUUCUUGUAGUCCUCUACUCCUAUUUAGAAGCUCUUGUCAAGCUUUUCAUUCCCGUGAAGGAAAAAUGUGUCAGCGGACAAAUUGUUCUGAUCACUGGAUCCGGCCAUGGGCUUGGGAGAGCCACUGCUUAUGAAUUUGCGAGGCGUCAAUGCAAGUUAGUUCUGUGGGAUAUCAACAAGGUAUGAUUGCUUUAUUACUAGGAUUAGAGCUGGGUUAGUCUACACUGACUGGACCUUUUUCAAUAGCAUCCUCUAAAAGAAUUCUAACUGGUUUUUGAGGCCCUUUCCCAGUGAGCUUUCAAUCCCUUUCCACUUCUAGAAUGGCGUUGAAGAAACUGCUGAAGAAUGCAGGAGGCUGGGAGUCACAGCGCAUGCUUUUGUGGUGGACUGUAGCAAGAAAGAGGACAUCUACAGCGCUGCAGAGAAGGUGAGCCUUCAGAUUCCCCCAAAGGCUUCCCCAACCUGCUAUUAUGCCAGUAUCCUAAAGUUCAGCUCCUGCCAACCUAGCAGUUCGAAAGCACGCCAGUGCAAGUAGAUAAAUAGGUACCACUGCGGUGGGAAGGUAAACGGCGUUUCCGUAUGCUCUGGUUUCUGUCACUGUGUUCCAUUGCUCCAGAAGUGGUUUAGUCAUGCUGGCCACAUGACCCGGAAAGCUGUCUGUGGACAAACGCCGGCUCCCUCAGUCUGAAAGCGAGAUGAGCACCACAACCCCAUAGUCACUUUUGAAAGGACUUAACUGUCCAGGGGUCCUUUAGCUUUUUACCUAAAGUUCAGCAAAUUAUUAAAUAUUGCUAUUUGUUAUUUAUAUAAUAUCGCUAUUUGUGCACACCCUCCUCCUCCUUUGGCAAUCACUCGUAGCCGAUUAAGAUUGUCUUCCAUAAACACGGUUUUAACAAUGAGUCCGUAAGUGACUGUGGAGGCCAAUUCUGGAUCCACACGUCCUUCCACAGUGGGGACAUAGGUUUCCGGGCGGGAGUUGAUCACGGUGUGGAUUUGCCAAGUGUGCCUUCCUCUUAGCAUACUUCUCCCUUGCGUCCUGAGUUUGAGUGUCUUUGGUAAAGGCUAUUCUCCAACUGAAGCAUUCACAGGCCAGUGUUUCCCAAUUGUCAGUGUUUAUACUACAUUUUUUAAGAUUUGCCUUGAGACAGCCUUUAAACCUCUUUUGUUGACCACCAGCAUUACGCUUUCCCUUUUUAAGUUCGGAAUAGAGUAGUUGCUUUGGAAGAUGAUGAUCAGGCAUCCGCACAACAUGACCAGUCCAAUGAAGUUGGUGUUGAAGAAUCAUUGCUUCAACACUGGUGAUCUUUGCUUCGGCCAGUACACUGAUAUUAGUUCGCCUGUCUUCCCAUGAACAGGAAUGGUAGGAGUGGUAAAUCACUGUCAAAGAUCACUGAAAUGGAGGCCUUGAUAAUGCCACUGCUAGGGUUUUGCCAACAGCAUCAGCUUACUACAUUUUUUAGCGAUAGCUGAUCCAUGGCCAUUUGAUGUACCUUUGGGGACUAUUAAUUUGGUGUGUAUUUAUUAUUGGUUGCUUAACAUGCAGGCCUGUCAUUUCUUUCACUGGACUGUAUUUGAAUGGUAAUUGUUAUGUACUGAAGUUCUCACCCUGAGCCAGCAGGGGGAUACUGUAGAUAGUUAUGCAAAUGAAGGAUCGAAAGUGACGUUCAGUGAUUGGAUAGUUUGUAUGCAAAUGAAGGAUCGAAAGUGACGUUCAGUGAUUGGCUAGAUACAGAAAAUGGUUACUGUUGCAUUCUAGUGGAGCUCUAUAUAAGCAGGCUGACUGAGCUCCUCAGUUCAGUUCUGUUCCAGCUUACAAAUAAAGAGCUGCUUUGGAAGAAUCGCUGUGUCGUCUGAUAUGUUCGCCCACAACUUAACAGUAAUGGUUUUCAUUUCAUAUUAUUGCUAGCUGAUGAAGAUUUAUCAUUGAAACAGUUCAUUAUCCUGAAAGAUCUUUGAUCUUUGACCUUUGACAGUGACCUACCACUCCCACCAUUCCUGUUCAUGGAACAUUUAUUUGAUUCUUAUUAGUUUGUGACUCCAUGCACAUAUUAUAUGUCUUCUGUUUAUGAAUUUUGAAACAGUAUAGUGUUAUAAAAAUAUUGUCUGUAUAUUAUUAGCUGACUUGUUGCUUGUUGUUGUUUAGAGUGUUCUGAUUUGCAACACACGGGAUUUUCUUUGGGUUAUACCAAGUCAGAUCAUUGGACUUUCUAGCUCAGUAUUCUCCACAAUGAUUGGGAGUAGUUCUCCAGAGUUUUGAGCAGGAACAUUUACCAGCCCUUCCUGGAAUUGUUAAGGAUUGAGCCUGAGACCUUCUGAGGUGUUACACAUAUCUAGGCUUCAUUAUCAGCUUAGCAGCAGGAAUGCUUGGGAAAUGGUAGGUUGCAUGCAAAAGAUUUAAAGGAAAACAUGCCCAUAGCUUCUUGUGCAAGAUGGUUUCUCAUUCUCAUUCCAUUUGUUUUAUAUUAAGUAAGCGGCGUUGCAAAGAGAGGUGUCUAUUGCUCGUUGGCAGCUAGCCAAACUGCAGAGAUAUAUUCAGUGGAGAUUUGUGCAUUAGGUCUCCCAGGGCAAUGCACCAGUAAAAAAAUAAAAUAUUUUUUAAAGUCCUGCACUAUCUCAAAACCAGGCUCUUUCUCCUACCAUCAAAUCCUUCCACUUCACCUGAGAGAAACCCGUGGAGACAUUUCUGUCCCUCUCCUCUUCUCCGGAGAAUCAGCUCUCUGCACUGCUCAGACUGGAGAUCCCUCCCUGGUGGAGAGUUCUGGAGAGCUCAAAAAUCUUGUUCCUAGUUUCGCGAAACUUUGUUUACUCCUAAUAAAUGCAUUGCCCUUUUAAACCAUCAUCAUAAUCUUAUUUGUAUGUUGCCUUUCCAUAGUAAAAACCAUGCACAAGGCAGCUUACAUGAAAAGAUUUACAUAAAUACAAGUAUAAUGAAAUUAGCCAAAAACAAUUAACAAAACACAUCACAAAGAACACAACCAAACUGAACAACUUCCACAUAAAUCAUGAGAUCUAAAAAAAAUUAUCAAUAACAGCAAAAACAAAAAAACCCAACAACCCCACCCCGAAACAAUACCCCGGCCAAAGAGUCUGUUCAGCAGCUUCAGCUUUUGUAGCUGGAGUCAGUCUGGAACCCUCCCUCCCAGGCCAGGUGGGAAAAGGCCUGAAAGGCAGGGAGCAGGUCUUCCAGGACUCACAGCCAAGAUGGAAUAAUAAAUGGAAUAAAAACAGCCAAUAAUGAAAAUAAUGGACCAACUGGACUUCUUAUGCUUUUUGUUUUAAUUAGGGGUUCAGGACAAGAUCCUGUCAAAGUUAAGCACUUUCCCUAACCCUAACCCUAUUGACUUCAAUGGGGGGGGAAAGAAAUUUAACAAUAAAAAAUUGCUUUAUGCUACAAUCUAGUACCCACCUGCCUGGGAGCAAGCCUUAUUGAACUCCAUAGGAUUUCAUUCGGGGUAGACAUGCAUAGAAUGGCACUGUUAUGACUUCAUUAACCCACUCAGCAGGGUCAAUGACAAAGGUGAGUCAUUCAAACCUACCUGUCCAUACUCACUGGCGAUAGCAAAAUGAAUAUGAGAAAUUCAAGAAAGUUGCAAUCCUGGCACAUACGCUUGUGGAGAUUGAGGCACAGGAUCAUCCUACAUUUCUGCAUAAAAUUUGAAUGUGCUUAUUUAUAUUUACAGUAUUGAUGCCCCUGGGAAAGGAAGGCAUUGAGCAGCUGCUAAAGGUGUUCUGUGCUGACCCUGUGCUUUGCAGUGUGUCCAACCACCAUAUAAGCAAACUAAUGUGUUUUUUUUUUUUAAGUUUCUAAAGAGAGGAUCUAGGCCAGGGGUGUCAAACUCAAAUUCAUUGGGGGCCGCAUCAGCAGUUUGGUCACCCUCAAAGGGCCGGUUGCGCUCAAUAUAAAAACAAGUGGAGGUUUCCUGAAUGCAUGUAAAGUGGAGGUUUCCUGUGUAGAACGGCUGGCGCCGCUAGAGGGCAGACGUUCUCUGGCUUGUAGGCUGCCGCGCAUGCGCUGAAGAGGCAGCUUUCUUGUGUCAAAAAAAAACCAAAACGAGAAUAAAAGGUGAAGGCUGGCGGCCGGCGGCGGCUACACGGGCCACAUGAUGAGGUCUGGCGGGCUGGAUUCGGCCCGCGGGCCUUGUGUUUGACACCCGUGAUCUAGGCAAUACAGAGCUUGCCACAAAAGACUCGGGGGCUCAUGCCCUAAAACCCUAAUCUAACCUCCUGUAAUCUGUAAUUUUAUUAUUAUUAUUAUUUGCAUUUAUUCAUUCCAUACAUCAUAAAAUGACUCAGGGCAGCUAAACACCUCUGCCCUAUAUUACUCCCUUUCUUUUAAGGUGAGAAAGGAGAUUGGUGAUGUGGACAUCUUGAUGAACAACGCUGGGGUGAUCUCCCCAACAGACGUGCUGUCAACUGAGGAUCAAGCCAUCCAAAAAAUGUUUGAAGUCAACAUCCUUGCUCACUACUGGGUAAUAAAGAAUCAUUAAGCACAGCCUUGUUGCAAGAACAGCCCUAUGAGCACAUCAUUGUGUAAUGGGAGGUACUGACAAUGCUUGCCAUGAUCUCCUGCAGCCUUCAGGCAACCUACUGGCCUCCAGAUUACUUGAAUGACAAGCUUUCAUGGUAGUCCUGGCAGGGGCUGAUGGGAGUUGUAGUUCAAAACAUUUGGAAGGUGCCAUGCUGGCGAAAGGGCGGACUACUCUCUCACAUGGAUAAUGUUGGAGCGUUCCCAUGAGUGCCACAGGGCAGGCUGGUGUUAUGUUGUUGGAAAAGGCGAUCAUCUCCCCCGCCCCCCAGUUAUAUUUUAUUAAAUUUUCAAAAACAAUCACAUAUACACUCCAAUAUAUAAUAUUUCUUUUCUUUUCUUUUGCUGGCUUCCCACCCCAAUUUCCAUCAUCUGAUGUGACAUUACACCUGAAUGAAAAGAUGCAGCGUGGUUCAGCGCUGUUUUAUUAGCACAGCGCAGCACUAUUUCAUUUUUAUUUCUGCAUCUGGUUUGCAAAUUUAUACCAUAAAUUGUUCUGCUCAUCCUAUGGAUUGAAGAAGUGUGAUAUUAAAUAACGCAUGUACAUAAAGAACUAGGGUCCUUGCUCCUUGCCCCUCCGCACUGUAAUUGCCACUUGGACUUGGAAGACGGGAGAGUGAAACCUACGUGACUGCAUUGGCCCCUACGGAAUAAAACCCACUUCAGAAUAAAUAAAGGAAACUAAGAACAAACAAACCUGAAACAACAGCAGAGCUGGUCCAACAGUCGCUACCUGCUUUACUAAAUGGCUGACUUCUCUGGAAAGUUACCAGGGCCGUCUUACCCAUAGGUGCUAGGGGUGCAGGGCACCCGGGCGCUGGGCUUUCAGGGGUGUCAGGACGAGAUUUGGAGUCCGGGGAUUGGGAAGAGCCGACAGCCGCUGCCGAGUGGAGCAGAUCCCAUCGGAGCGCCGCAGCUCUUCCGCAGGCCAGCGAGCGCUGAGGCAGCUGGCUGGCUCUGCCUUCCUGUGCGCCUGGGAUUGGUGGGCCAUUAAGAGGCCCGCCCAGCCACUGCUGGCUCGGGCUCCUCUGUUGCUGCUGAGAUGGCUGUCCUAAGGUGGACCUUGCCGGCCCGUCCUAAAAAAAGGUCAACAACUCUGGGCAAGCUGGAGGGGAGGGUUGCUGGGCGGAUCUUUGCACCCCGGUGACGCAUAUGCUUAAGUCAGCCCUGAAAGUUACCCCCCUUUCUUUUUAAACUUUCAGACCGCAAAAGCAUUUCUACCGACCAUGAUGAAGAACAACCACGGACAUAUCAUCACCGUGGCUUCUGCUGGGGGACACGUAGUGGCUCCAUUCCUCGUGGCUUAUUGGUGCGUAUUUAGGAGAGACAUUUCCCCAUCAGCAGAAAUAAAAGAAGCCAUAAAAUAAUACCCUACUCUUAUUAAAUUUGUGAGUAAAUUUACCUGUAUUGGUUUUAUUUACCCCACAACUGAUUUUAUAUGGAAUCUUACCUUUUGAGAAAUGAAGCUUAUAGGAAGAAUACUUUGGAUGAGAUCCAGCUUUUUCUUCCUCCCCUCUCCCAGUGUGCACCCCAGAAAUGUUUUCCCGAGGGUCCCCCAGCUAUCUGGAGGACAUUCUGAGUGAGUGUGAGGAGCAGUCACAGAGAGGACGGGGUGUGUGUGUGUUCUGUUGUGCAAGUGGACAUUUGCCACACAAACCGAAUGGCAGUUCCCAUUCUAAAUGCAGCUCUUGCUCCUGUUUCAGAAGCUGCACCCGUGGAUUCCCAAUGGUGUGGUGCCAUUUUCUGGGAGCAUGAAAGUCUGUGGUGUGGAAGGCAAGGGUUCAGAAGUUCUGGAAUUCAGGCAGAAGCUCUUUGGACUACAUCAUAAGUGUCCAGCCAAUGCCAAUACAUACUUGAAGUCCAUGAGCUUGCGAUUCUUAAUUUAUAUACAGUGGUACCUCAGGUUGCAGAUGCUUCAGGUUACAGACUCUGCUAACCUGGAAGUAGUACCUUGGGUUAAGAACUUUGCUUCAGGAUGAGAACAGAAAUCGCACGGUGGCAGCAGGAGGCCCCACUAGCUAAAGUGGUACCUCAGGUUAAGAACAAUUUCAGGUUAAGAACGGACCUCCAGAACGAAUUAAGUUCUUAACCCGAGGUACCACUGUACUAGGGACGCAGGUGGCGCUGUGGGUUAAACCACAGAGCCUAGGACUUGCCGAUCAGAAGGUCGGCAGUUCGAAUCCCUGUGACGGGGUGAGCUCCUGUUGCUCGGUCCCUGCUCCUGCCAACCUAGCAGUUCAAAAGCAUGUCAAAGUGCAAGUAGAUAAAUAGGUGCCGCUCCGGCAGGAAGGUAAACAGCGUUUCCGUGCACCGCUCUGGUUUGCCAGAAGCGGCUUAGUCAUGCUGGCCACAUGACCCGGAAGCUGUCUGCGGACAAACGCCGCCCCCUCGGCCAAUAAAGCGAGAUGAGCGCCGCAACCCCAGAGUCGGUCACGACUGGACCUAAUGGUCAGGGGUCCUUUACCUUUACCUUUUUACCACUGUACUGCUUCUUGGACCAGAGGUCCCCACUUUGGUGAACAGCGCAUUGAUGCCACCAAAGAUACAAUGAAAGCACCAUUAAAUGCAAUAAGCCAAUCAUUUGUCAAAAUUAUGAUACAUGUAAGGCAGUGGAAUCACAGCAUCGGGCAGGGGUGGGGAAAUUGUGACCCUCCAUAUGUUGCUGGACUCUCAACUCCCAUCAGUCCUGGUCAGCAUGGCCAAUAUAGUGAGGGAUGAUGGGAAUUGCAGUCCAGCAACAGUUGACGCACCACCAUUUCUCGAUCCCUGAUGCAGUAGGAGAAGAAUAAAAUAAUUCCCUCCCAAACUAAAGGAUUACAGAGUGCUCUCGCCAUUUCCACAUCCCACAUGCUUAGGAGCUAGAAACCUGAGCCCAGUCAACAAGAGAUCACCAUAACCAUAGUCAUCUUACUUUAACCAGAGGAAUUGAGUGGUGCUUGAUUGCUAACCUAAAGCUAAUUCUCAUGACCCUGGGAUUGCUGAGUGGGCGAAGAUUUCACUGAAUAUCCAAAUCCCAGUUGGCCAAAAUGUGCUUCCAGUAGCUGAACAGCAGUUGAGUGGCAAAAGCACAUGCAUGCAUUGUAAAAUUCGCAUGUAGGAGUAAAUAUACAAACAAUUUGAAAAGUAAUUUUAAUGAACAGAUUGCGCUAGUAGGAUUGCAAGAAGUUUUGUAAGGAUGAUUAUUUGAAAUAUUGCAAGAAAGACUAUGAGGAGAACUAUUAGUUAAUGAUAAUAAAGAGUAAUAGAGAAGUUAAGAAAUGCAGAAUAAGUGAUAAAGAACAGAAAAUCAUCAGAGGUGUUGACGGAAGUCUAAAAUAUUGUAUAAGACAAGAAGUUAUAUUAUAUGAUUGUUGGAGAUGAUAUGUUAAAAAAACUAAUAAAAAUGUAUAUUUAAAAAAUAUAAAAUUAGCAUGUGGAGAAGCAGCUCAUAAGUCUACUCUAUAACAAAUACAAUCACUCCAUAUGUGUAGGUCUGAGGUUCGUGAGGGCCGACAGCUCUAAAACAGCUGCAUGUUGUCCCUGAAUAUUUGUGAAGUUUCAUGUGAGAUUUGUAUUGUAUAGAAGGCAAUCAUGAUCAUCCAGCCACUAAGCUAUGUCCAAAAUUUCUCGUAGCUCGUCCAAAUUCGCCGCAGUUGGGCUCCACCGAGCUCUGACAGAAGAGCUGUCUGCAUUGAAGAAAGACGGGGUCAAGACUUCAUGCAUCUGCCCUAUGUUUAUAAAUUCUGACUUUGUCAAAAAUCCGUCGUCAAGGUACUGAAUAAGAAAGGUGUGACAUUGACAUUUAGAAAAAUCCAAUGUUAAAAGUGCCCUUUUGUAGUGCCAGCCAUUUAGUCCUUCCUUUCCUUUUGUUCCAUCUAUUGCUGUGUCCCAGAUGUCUUUUUUUUUAUUGAACAUUCAUGAUGAUUUGUGCUUAUCAAGAUGUUAUUUUGGCGGUUGUCAGGGAACUGCCAUCGGAGCCAGGGGGAGAGGGAGGGCUCCAGAGGGAUUCCGGAGAGCGUCCCGGGAGGGAGAGAAGCAGCACAUCUUCUGGGGAAGGAAAUCAGCGUAGCACCAGUGGAGAAGGGGGGCAGAUGGAGGAAUUGGCGAGGUGGCUCCAUGACUCCUCGCCGGGGACCAGCGGGGAGAGCACGGGUCCUCCGCUGCCCACACCCUCCCUGCGCAGAAGGCUUCCGCGCAGGGAGAGUAGGCGGAGACUAGGCGUCAAAGAGCUUCUUUGCUGGAAGAAGUUCAAGAAACGCCCACUGACGGAUUCUGCCAGCGAUUGAGACAGCCACGGGCGAGUGGCUGUCCGGACAGAAAGGGUUCACUCAGGCAACCCAGCCAGGUGUGGCUCCGAUUUACGCACGAGCAACCCCUAGAACCAUUACAGCGGUCAUACAUAAUAUCACUUUCAAUACUCUUUUUGCAGGUCAUACUGCUUCAUUUCCAACAGUAACUUCCUGCUGAAAUCCUGUAACUUUUCAUGCCACAGAUUAUAUCGGUGGCAUGGCUUGGUUUUUUGUCGUGCUUUCCAGACAGCAAUAAUGUGGUAGGUGGUAUUGGGGAAGCGUCGCAGAACAACAAAUAAAGCAAAAUAAAUCCACCACUAAAGCACUUUUAUAGCAUCAGAGAGCAUGUUGCAGAAUAUUGCUGCAAUAAAAUAACAGUCUGGAGUGGCCCAGCCUCUUUUAAAAAUAAUCUGAGUUUCCAUUUAGAUUUGUUUCAGGUCGUUCAGUUAAAAGAAAUCCUCCCCUACCUUCUCCUGUGUUUUGGCUUCAUUUACCUGUGCUCCAGGCCUAUCAUGUGAGCAUCAUCUCAUUGCCUGAUUUUUGUACUGGUCGCAAGUUCCAAGCCUUGACCUUGCAAAGAAUAUGCAAAUAGAAUGUUGCUUUUUUCCUCUCUAACUUCAGAUUAAUGCCUCCAUUGGAGCCUGAAGAAGUUGCAAGUCAAGCAAUGAAGGGAAUUCUAACCAAUGAGAGCAUGAUUUUCAUCCCACGAUUUCUGAAAGUCAGUGUCAUGCUGGAUAGGUAAGUAUGCUGAAAAAUUAAAGCCAACUGCUAAAUGUACUUUUUUAAAAACAAAAAACAUAAACACUUUUGGCCUAAUUCAUGUGUCUGUUGCUUUCAGAGUGUUACUUCCAGGCAGACAAAUGACAGGGAACAUAUAGGUCUUCACAUGUUGUUAGACUGUAACCUCAGUCACCCCUUACCAUUGCUGUGCUGGCCACAGCUGAUGGGAGUUGAAGUCCAACAUUUAGAAAGUUGCAGGAUGCCCAACAUUGAAAUAGGUAGUCAAAACUAAUAUAUCUUCCUCUUUUCUCCAGGUUCCUUCCAGCUCGUGGAGCUAAAGCUUUGUGGAAGCUGAAUAAACUUAAAUUUGAUUUUACCAUUGGAUACAAGGACAAGGAAAACUAAGGGGAUGGGAUUCCUGUUUUUAAUUGCUUUUAACUCUUUGAAGCUUUAAUUGUGGAUAAAAUCUAAUCUGUUAUGAAACCUAUCAUACACCUCCUCCUUGUAGCAAGUAGCUCCUUCAACCUAUCUAUGUAUGAAUGGCAUGGAGAAAUCAACUUUUCCUUGCAACUGAAACGAUGUCUUCCUAUCUCUUAAGAAUGGUGUAAUCCAGAGUUACCAUAAGUUACCAUAAUCCAGAGUUACCAUAAGUUUCCUUCCUCUCUAAACAAAGAAAUAAUAAUGUUUUGUAUCAUGAAAUGAAUGAAGCCUCUAACUCAGUUCUUUCAGGGAGAAAUGCAAAAUGUCACUGGACGAUGGAUGAGGCAUUUACAACUUUCCCCUUGAAGUAUGAAAUAAUGCAGCAGAACCCAAUAAACAUGAGUGUGAAAUAUGG